CGCACCGCAAACAGGUGCAUGACGCAAAACAGAGAACCCUAGUAGUAGCAGAUUUGGCUAUUUUUACAACUAAGAAACACCGUCGGAAAACAUUGGACAUCCUUUGUAAUUGUACAGAAUGACAAUAAGAGUCGCUGCUAGUAUCUGAUCUCCCUCCUUUCCCAGAGUGGUUUUCUACACCAACACACACCUUAUUCAUUCUGCUCUCCUCCAGCAUGUCAGGUGGUUACACUCCGGCCCCUGGGGGCCCCUUCUCAGCCCUGACCUCCAGUAUGUGGCCCCAGGACAUCCUGGCCAAGUACUAUCAGAAGGACCCAACAGAGGCAGAACUGCAGUAUGAUGAGUUUGGCUUCAGGCUGGACAGUGACGAUGGUGUAGAGCCAGAACUGAGGCCAGAGACCCAGAGAGAGGACCCCCAGCAGAGGCUGCGCUGGCAGGCCCACCUGGAGUUCACCCACAACCACACCGUAGGAGACCUGACCUGGGACCUCAUCUCCCCCGUCCUGCCCCGCUCUGAACGCCUCCGCUCCCUGGUGCUGGGGGGGAUACCACACAGCAUGAGACCUCAGUUGUGGAUGCGUCUGUCUGGAGCUCUGCAGAAGAAGAGGACUACAGAGAUCUCCUACAAAGAGAUCGUUAAGAACAGCACCAACGACGAGACCACUGCUGCCAAACAGGUACUGGAUGCUGAGAUAGAGAAGGACCUAUUGCGGACCAUGCCCUCCAACGCGUGUUUCUGCAGCCUGCAGAGUGUGGGUGUUCCCAGGCUGAGGCGGGUACUGCGGGGCCUGGCAUGGCUCUAUCCAGACAUCGGCUACUGCCAGGGCACAGGCAUGGUGGUGUCAUGUCUGCUGCUGUUCCUGGAGGAGGAGGACGUGCUGUGGAUGAUGUGUGCCCUGAUCGAGGACCUGCUGCCACCCUCCUACUUCUCCUCCACCCUGCUGGGGGUCCAGACAGACCAGAGGGUCCUCAGACAGCUCGUUGUCCAGUACCUACCAAGCCUGGACAGGCUUCUGCAGGAGCACGACAUCGAGUUGUCUCUGAUCACGCUGCACUGGUUCCUGACAUCGUUUGCCAGUGUGGUGGACAUCCGCAUCCUGCUGAGGAUCUGGGACCUACUGUUCUACCAGGGCUCUGUGGUCCUCUUCCAGGUCACACUGGGCAUGCUCAAGAUCAAGGAGGUUGACCUUCUCCUCUCUCCCCUACAGGAGGAGGAGCUGGUGUCCUCUGAGAACUCUGCGUCCAUCUUCAACACACUGUCUGAUUUGCCCAGCCAGCUGGGUGACGGUGCUGCAGUACUGGGGGAGGCCAUGAGGCUGGCGGGGGCGCUGUCCCAGGACACGCUGGAGGCCCAGAGGAACAAACACCUGGCCUACAUCCUCAAUGAGCAGGCCCAGCUCAACACCAACAACUCCCACACACUCAACACCAACCUCAAUAAAGUUGUGAGGAGACAGUCGGUACGUAGGAAGUCCACUCUGAGCUCUCUGUUGUGGGGUGAGGACGAGGCGGAGGCUCUCAAGUCUAAGAACAUCAAGCAGACAGAGCUGGUAGCAGCGCUCCGAGAGACCAUCACCCGCACCGCUGAACACUUCCACUGUCUGGACCCCCGACACACCAGCACUGACCUGACUCCAGACUACUCCAUGGAGAGCCACCAGAGAGACCACGAGAACUUCCUGGUUGUGUCUCGUAACCGACGGAGACGGGCCAAAGCCCUGUUGGACUUUGAGCGCCAUGACGACGACGAACUGGGCUUCAGGAAGAACGACAUCAUCACAAUUUUUUCCCAGAAAGAUGAGCACUGUUGGGUGGGAGAGCUCAACGGGCUGAGAGGUUGGUUUCCAGCCAAGUUCGUAGAAAUCCUCGAUGAGCGGAGCAAAGAGUACUCUCUGGCGGGUGAUGACUCGGUGACUGAGGCGGUGACAGACCUGGUCAGAGGGACGUUGUGUCCUGCCCUGAAGGCCAUCUUCCAACACGGUUUGAAGAAACCCUCCAUACUGGGAGGAGCCUGCCACCCCUGGCUCUUCAUAGAGGAGGCAGCCAGUAGAGAGGUGGAGAGGGACUUUAACUCAGUCUACUCCAGACUGGUGCUGUGUAAGACGUACAGAUUAGACGAGGAUGGCAAGGUUCUCACACCAGAGGAGCUGCUCUACAGAGCGGUGCAGUCUGUAAAUAUGAGCCACGACUCUGCACACGCUCAGAUGGACGUCAAGUUCCGCUCGCUCCUCUGCGUGGGCCUCAAUGAGCAGGUGUUACACCUGUGGUUGGAGGUGUUGUGUUCCAGUAUGCCUGCAGUAGAGAAGUGGUACCAGCCCUGGUCCUUCCUACGCAGCCCAGGAUGGGUCCAGAUCAAGUGUGAGCUCAGGGUUCUCUCAAAGUUUGCCUUCAGUCUCUCUCAGGACUGUGAACUUCCUGCCAAGAAAGAGGAGAAAGAUCAGAGGCCACUGAAGGAAGGAGUCCAAGACAUGUUGGUGAAGCAUCAUCUCUUCAGCUGGGACAUUGAUGGCUAGACACACACACCCAAAGCCUGCAAAAAACUCCCCUGCCCAACACAUGCUGUGUGUCUACCAGAGUGAUCUUUCAUAUUGACUGCUAUGUCAGAACCCACUACUAGUGUUUCCAUCACUACCUCUCACUAGGAAGUAUUGUAUUGUUCAGACAUUUGAUCAUCAUUCUACAAACACAUUGAUAUGCAUCGUGGUUUCCCCUCCUCGUCUCAACUGAACUGUAUCCGAAGCCUUUCUACUGAGGAUAGUACACUAGGGGAAUAGGGGGCGCGUUCAGCAAGAUGCAACUUUUGGGAAUGUUCAGAUAGAAAUAAGCAUUGUAGAACAAACAUGCCUCUGACAUGUGGAAUAAGGAAUAACAUGAGCUCUAUUCAUGGCAUUUCUGUCUGCAACUUAACGUGGCCAGGGUAUCAUUUGAGACACACCCAAAGACGAUCAACUAAUUACAUUUACCCUCUGAGCUUGCUAACCAAUCAGAGGUCUUUUGAGGAAGCAAUUAGCAUGUAACCAAGGUUGAUAGUCCUGGCUGUCACCAUGGCUCUUAGUUGAAGCUGCUGUGUAUGUUGUGUCCACACCAGUGUUUCUGAUACUUUAGAUCAGGUGCAGAAGACUAGGAACAUACAGAAAGUGCUGAUUGUAGCAUUCCUUAGGUACAGAGUAGUCACCUCUACUGUGCCAUAUGAAGUAUUUCCUCAGACUCAAGGACUGGGGUGUAUCACUAGGAACCAAACGGGGAGGAAUGUACCUGAAUUUGUCCCAUAGAAACUUGUUUUUGUUGUGAAACGUUUUGCUACAGUGGGCACUGAUCUGAUGUCCUAGUAGCACCUGUGUUCUGCUACCAGUACUGUAGUAGGAUGUGCAACGUACUCCGCAACCACCCUGUCGAUCUGUGUUGGCACCCAACAAUCCCAUCCACUAUUGUCUGUUUGGUGCCAACAUGGCUCUCAAACCAGGUUUGUCCCGCGUGGGCUACUAAACAGUGUAUCUGUAGUAGUCACUUGUGCUGACUGGGAAGAACUACUGUACUGUGUCCAAAAAUGAAAUCUAUAACCAUGUAAACUUUUCAUUUCAGUUAAUUUCUUUGUAAAACAGUCAUUACAAUGGGUGUGUCCACCCGCCAUCAAAAACGAACUUCCAUCUUGGUGUGUAAUUACUGAAGAAAAGCCACUAGACUAUUACACUAUAUACAUAAAAUCAACUCAAUCUCCAUGUUGUGCUCUGAUAUUAAAUGAAAAUGGUGGUGUACUAACCCUAUAACUUGUAUUCCUUCCCCUCAUCUUAACCCUUAGCAAUGCUACCGUACCUAUAGACUUCAUUGAGCUAACUUCCUUCAUACUGCACAGAGACAAAUGAUAUCGUUCAGACUCACACUAACCUCAAACUAUACACAACCUUUAACCCUAAUUUCAACCCCUAUGCUUUUCACUGUUUGAAUUAAUGUACACAACACAGUUGACCAGAGAUCAAUAAAGCCUGUUUUUAUUGAAUGUCAGAAGCAAACAACUAUGUAAACGGUGAUGGUCCAAACAGCACUGCAACUAUUACAAUCAAUGUCUCACUUAAACAGUUGCUAAUCAAGUGUACAUUAUAUUCUUAAAUAAACCUUAUUUUCAGUGUAAA